GGUCCUGUGGAAGUACUUCAAGUUUUAAGUUCUAACUUCUCUUACAUCUCAUACAGUAAUUCUACAGCCACAAUCUCUCUUUUUAGUUUUUACUCCACUUUUUCUCUUCUUAAAAACAAUUUUUAAAUUUUCCUAAUAAAAAUUUAAAAUUUUCACUUAUUAACAUGAACAGUAGAAACAAUGCACAAGCUGCCACAAGCACUAACCAACAGGCGGUAAAAAGAUCGAAUUGAAGACAAGCAGCUAAUAAACGGGAGAGAUUAUUGUAAAUAACGAACGGUACCGUCGGUACGUGAUGUAUAAACGAUGACAGUAUGGCCCAAAGUCCGUUCACAGUACCUCCCUCCUCGCCGAGUAGCCCUUCUGAGAUCUCCGAGUCAACCCUACGGGCGAACCAAACCGAACACGCUACUGUCACCACGGCAGUCACGAUCCUUGCCUUCUUGCCUCCUCUCAUUCCACCACGGAACUCCUCAUCCUCUUCGCCUGGAACAUUGAUGUGGUUAAUGUCACUCUCGCCUGGUGCUGGAGAAGGCGAACUAGUCGGGGGUCCAUUCGGGGACAGAUCUGAUGGCGACGGAGCCACCGUAGACGGAGGAGAAUCUGGAAGCGGCGAAAAAUCAGGAGAUCCAACCGGAGAAGGAGCGAGUGCCAGAGAAGAAGUAUCGCCCAAUUCAGGCGCCGGCACAGGUGACAACUCCGGCGACUCCGAAGCGAACGCGAAGUGGAUAAGUGACAAGAACAAAACAGCAGCAAAUUCAAGCUUCACCAUUGCUAGACCUGGAAAUGAAUUCUUGGAGAAGAGUGCAAAGGAAGUUUGUGAAGAUCGCAAAAAACCUUCUUAAGCCCUUCAACUUUUCAACAGAAAGUGACAAGCCCCUGAAAGUAAAAAGGGGGCAAAUAAGCCCUUCAACCUCAC